CUAGGGAAUUCCCUUCACUGCACAGUCAGCAUAUUAAAAGUCAACACACAAGAUGGACCCAGAAACAUUCCUUUUCAGACGAUUUCUUUACCAAAUCUCUAACAGUUUGUCUCAAUCCGAAGUCAGCAGCCUCAGGUUUAUGCUAGACAAUGCCCUACCAAGGAGGCAACUCGAAGAUGCUAUGUCUGGGUUUGAUAUAUUCUGUUUGAUGGAAGAGAAAAAUUUCCUUACCCCCAACAACCUCCAAUUCUUGCAAGAAGUCCUGGAAACUGUACGGAAGAGCCAUUUAGUAGAACAGUAUCGUGCUUUAAAAGGGUCCACCAGUAGUAGUGCUGUGAUCAAGCCGAUACCGGGACCGGGAGUUAAUCCAACAGAAGCUGGUCAAGGACAAAAUUCGUUUAUCUCUUCCCAUAAAAAACUCCUCGGGGAUCUCGGAGGGCAACUAUCAGCGGAGGAUGUUCACGACAUGGCCUUAUUCUUUCAUGGAGGCUCUUCGUCCAUUCAUGUCAAGGAUCUUGAGAAGUUGAAAAGUGCUGAGAGCGUUUUCAAGAAACUCGAGGGAAGUCGAACCAUCCGACCAGGCGAUUACACCAUUCUUUACAACGUCUUGGAUGUGAUUGGUCGCCUGGACCUCUGUGAGCUGAUAGCCGAUCACUGCAAUAGCCAAGCUCAAGCAAGCAAUCUGAGCUCUCCCAUUGCCGCUCAAGCAAGCAAUCUGAGCUCUCCCAUUGCUGCUCAAGGAGAACCUCAGAUACGCUACCCUCACCAACCGUCCUUAUAUGGACCGUCUCUUGGCAGCAGCUACUCUUCAGAAUUUUCGAGCUCUUCUAUGGAAUCAAGAGAUGGAGUACGUUCUGGACCGUCAAUGGUAGUUGCUCCAGGUAUCGCCAGACCACAAGGUUCCCUACCCUCGGAACCUAACAUGAUCGAUCAACUAGAGAGUGACAAACAAAACCUUCAAAAGCAAUUGGCUUUAGCCAUGAAGCAAGUCCAGGUUGAACAAGAUCAAGCUCUCCAAGUUCAACUGCUAGAAGAACAACUGAAGAAGAAGAUUACGGAAGUUGAACAGCUCAGGAAAACAGCCCAUCACCUGUCUGGAGCUGUAGGGCGGCCACCUUCGUACGAGAUGAACAGAAAUCCGCAUGGUAUUGCAGUGGUGUUCGUGAAUAAGAAGUUUGACAAAAAUCUUUGUGAUCCCGACCUGGAGCUAAGCGUGCGAAUGGGAGCUGAUAAAGAUCGGGCUUUGCUAGCGGAAACUUUUAGAGCUCUCAGUUAUGAAGUGAGGAUUUUCAAGAAUCUCACUGCCGAAAAGAUGUACACAGAAAUCGAGAGAGCGAUGCAAGAGUCAGACAAUUCUGACAGCUUUGUGUGUUGUGUAUCAACUCAUGGCAAUGCUACUGGAGUGUUUGGGAGCGAUAGUGUGAUUCUGAAGUGGGAUGAAAUUCAAGCUCUUGCUACACAGUCAGUACCUCUCCGUGGGAAACCGAAGCUGUUCUUUUUCCAGUCAUGUCGACGGCCACCUAUUGUAAAAGCAGAUGGUUCCCACUCCUCUCAUGGGCAUGAAGAUGCAGAUAUCUACAAAGUUUACGCUUGUACCCCGAAUAGCGAAGCUUUUAGCAGCCCAGAGUAUGGUUCUUGGCUAGCUUUGUCGAUGAAACGUUACUUCACAAAUCCGCAGCUGAUGCACACUUAUAGCCUCGAUGUGCUCACAAGAUAUGUGUGUACAGAAGUAAGUGAACAAGUUGGGGUGCUGGUUGAGAAUGGCCAAGAGCUUGAAGUGCAGCAAUGUGUGCACAGCGAGACUACCCUGAAGAAGAGUGUCUAUUUUUUUCCUGAACAGAUUUGAAGAUCAUUUUGUGCUAAUGGUAAUUUGUAGACUUCUGUGAUUACUGUAAUUAUAAUUAUGUGAUUAUUGUAAUUAUUAUAAUAAAUGUACGUACAAGUACCAAGAACAAA